AUGGAGCAGCAGGAUCAGUACAACCAGCCCUACUACUCUCGGCAGGUCGCCGGCCAGCCUUCAACUGCCACCACCGCCGCCGGCACCCCUCUUCGCCCAGGCACUCCCAACACGGAGAACAGUCGAAACCCAUUCAACGAUGGUGCCGAGUCGCAAGCUUCACAGCGCCCUGGAAUGGGUACCAACCCCUUUGGCACUCCUGCCGUUUCUCGUCCCGCAUCAAGCUUCGGGUCUUCCAGUGCUAUAGGCACCCGUUUCGAUGAGCGCUCUCAGCGCUACUUCCACUCGAGACGUAUCCGCAAGGAGGACGUCGAGAAGCCCUGGCUGGACAAGGCCGACCCCAAAGAGAAAUGGGUCACCAUCAUCCCAAUUGUUGGCAUUUUUAUCGGUUUGGCUAUCUCGGGUUUCCUCGUCUGGGACGGUAUCCGCAGUGUCGUUAAGCACCAGUACUGCCCAGUCCUCAUUGAGGACUUCGCCUCUGGCAACCUUGACAGCAACGUUUGGACUAAGGAGGUCAACGUUGGUGGCUUUGGCAACGGCCAGUUUGAGUGGACGACUGCCGAUGAGGAGAACGUCUACAUCAAGGACGGCAACCUCGUCAUUCACCCCACCCUCACCGACAACGCACUAAUUGAGAAGGACACAGUCAUUGACCUUCUCAAGGAUGGAACUUGUACCUCAGAUAAGUAUACUGACUGUGUUGCUGCUACCAACACCACUGCUGGUAACUCCACCAUUGUUCCUCCUGUCAAGUCUGCCCGUCUCAACACCAAGAAGGGAGCCACCAUCAAAUAUGGCCGCGUCGAGGUUGUUGCGAAGCUCCCCAAGGGUGACUGGCUCUGGCCUGCCAUCUGGAUGAUGCCUGUCAAGGAAGAGUACGGCGUCUGGCCCGCUUCUGGCGAAAUUGAUAUCAUGGAGUCCCGCGGCAACAACUGGACCUAUGAGCAGGGUGGCAACAAUGUCAUGUCAUCGGCCUUGCACUGGGGACCCGACCAGCCCAACGACGCCUGGUGGAGAACCAACAACAAGCGCCAAGCUCUGCACACAACCUACGGUGACGGCUUCAACACUUACGGUCUCGAGUGGUCCCAAAAGUACCUUUUCACCUACGUCAACAGCCGUCUCUUGCAAGUUCUCUACACCAACUUUGACGAGCCCAUGUGGAAGCGCGGCGACUUCCCCCAGACCAACUCUAACGGAAGUCGUCUGGUGGAUGUCUGGAGUCAGACUGGCCGCUCCAACACGCCAUUCGACCAGCACUUCUACCUCAUCCUCAACGUCGCUGUCGGUGGCACCAACGGAUGGUUCGAGGAUGGCAAGUCUGGAAAGCCCUGGGUGGGCAACAGCCCCAACGCCAAGAGGGACUUCUGGAAGGCCACUGACCAGUGGCACCCGACCUGGACCCAACCGGAGAUGACCAUCAGCAAGGUCUCCAUGUGGCAACAGUGUGAUGGCAACGAGGAGCUGUAA